AUGGCGAAGUAUACUUCCUUACUUUUUUGUAUAGUAGCAGCAAGUCUCGCAGUAGUUUCUGCUGUUACUGAUGAAGAGAAGGCUGCCUUCCAUGAGGCAAUGGAGCCAAUCAUAGCCGCCUGUUCUGCUGAGCACAGCGUAAGCGAAGGAGACAUUAAAGCUGCUAAAGAGUUAGAAAAUGGAGAUGGCAUUAAACCUUGCUUUAUCGGAUGCAUCAUGAAAAAAACGGAAGUAUUAGACAGCAACGGCCUUUACGAUGCAGAAAAAGGACUCAGCAAAUUGAGGCCGUUUGUCAAGAGUGAUGAAGAUUAUGCUAAGUUCGAAAGCGUUGCUAAGAAAUGCCUAAAAGUAAACGACGAACCUGUUAGUGAUGGUGCUGCAGGGUGUGAAAGAGCCAAAUUGGUAAUGGCAUGCGCUAUUGAAAACAAAGCUGAGAUCCCAAUCUAA